AUGGCUAUGACGAUGGAGGCCAUCUGCGAAAGGAAGCCAACGAGGUGUUUGAAAGUACCGUUGAAGUCAACGGAGCAGAUUUAUCUUGUUUUCCUGAUACCAGUGGUGAUAAGCUGUUGCAUCUACAUGGUACACUUCGCUGCAGAUCUAGUCGUUGCUGUUCAACACUUCAGGGAGGGCAAUCCUAUAUGGGGUGGAUGCACUCUGGGGUUGAUGUAUGCUCCUGCUGUGGCUUACUUCAUCCUGACGGUGUCUAGGCCUGAUUGGUGGAUGACUGAGGAUCAGAAGGUGUCCUGGAACGUUGUCACAUGGUUUGGAAUCCAAAUCGUGCAGAUGAUUGCAUUCCCCUUGUUUGCUUUGUACAGAUUUGCAGGUCAAAUUGUCGUAAUCGUUGACGCAAUUCUCCUAAGUGGUGUAGAGAGGAGAAAAUCUCUGAACGUGGCAGCAGCUCCAGCAGCGAUAGAACUUUAUUUUUUCCUGCAAGCAUGGUUCCAAGCUGCCCCUCAGGCUAUGUUCCAAAUUCACUUGCUAUUUAGUGAGAGAACAGCAGAACGAACUUAUCAGUCAGUCUCAGUUCACAUCCUAUGUAUCUUCGUCUCGAUAAUCGUCUUAGCAGUGCAAACAGCCUCAUUCCAAAGAUUCGAGAGCCAGCGAAUAAAUGGCCGCAAGUUACCCUGGGCGAUGUGGCUGAAGAAAUACCGAGCCCAAGAGCUCGGAGAUCUCGACGAAAAGAAGCCCCUCCAGCCGGAGAUCUCAAUAGUCUCCUCCCAGACGACCUCUCCUCCUCAGGCUCAGGUUCACCCCCCAGACACUGAGGCUCCACGUGUCGUCCUCGAGCGGCAGAUCUCCCUGACCCCACCUCUUCCACCAAAGAACGCUCAGAUGAUCCCGCCACCUGCUCCCCUCCGUGGCAUCACAACCGUACCAUCCCUGCCAGUUCCAGAAAUGCCAGCACCACCCCGUCCUGACUCUGUGAUACGUGAAUCCAUCGAGAACAACGUCGAAGCCCCGGAUAGAUCGACAGAGCGAAUCGUGACGGUCGACAGAAACGAUUCAACCACCGCAAGUCUCUGGAGAGGAUUAAAACUGCCAAAAAGGAUUCAUACAGUCAAAGCCCUCGAGGAGGAUGAUCCUGUGGGUACAUUUAUCGCUUUCCUCUGGUGGUUCUUCUUCAUCGUCGCCAGAGUCUUCUCCAUCGCUAUCUUCUACGAGUUCUAUCUAAUUCCCCUGGCUGGUGUCAUUGGAGUUCACUACAUUGUUAUGCUUAUUUAUUUAUUCCUUCACGCCAAGGACUACGAUGUCACCACUUUCUUCGUGAAUCUCUGGCUAGGAUUGGUCUACAUCUGCACACUUAUUGAGUACAGGGUGAAAUUUAAACACCCCGAGAGGUGGCUGUGGUUCUACUGCGCCUUCGUCAUGGCACAGAACACCGCCAUGACUGCCACAUGGUUUGUUCUUGUCGAUUGGGAUGGAUUCUGGUACUCGUACAUGUUUUACGCUAUUUUUGGGUCUAUGGGGCUCUGCAUCGUUUCUGGGUCGGUUUAUUAUGUGCUCUUUAAACCUGGCAAGCGACGAAUAUAUGCUAGUUAGGUUUUAGAAUCGAGGAGAGGAAUAUGUAUUUUUCAAAACGAAAUUCUGAAUUUUUGGACGGAAGUGAGCUUUCCUGGUCGAAGGGUGAAGUAAAUGACAAACUAGUGAUGAGUAGAAUAAAACUUCUUUGUAAGUAGGGACUUAUUUUCAACAUCACGGGAGUUCAGGGCGAAUGCCGAGUCAAGUGUCGCAGAUACAAAAGGUCUCAUUGUAUUACGCCAUACGACAAUUGCCUUUCGCAACCAUUGACUAACUGACGUAAUUCAAUUACUUUAUCAAGUAACUGAGCAAUUUUUUCAGAACGGAUUUUGGGAAAAAUAUGAAGAGACCUUUCACGUGACUGAUAAAAUUCCCCCAAAACACGGGGUUUUUACAUUUUACUCUGAAAUAACUGGCUUUUAAAAGAAUUUGAUAAUCAUGGGAAUUUUCGUUAAUUAUUCUAUUUGCCCAGAAAUGAACAACUUCAAUGCAAAAUCAUUCACGAAAAUAUUUUUUUUACUUUACAAAUCUUCCCAAGUCUUGCAUAAUCAAUUCCUUCAGUAAAACUUAGGACCUAAGAUGCAAUCGGCAGCGAUAAAUUUGAUAACCUCAAGUUUGUUUAGAGCGAUUGAUGAGUCUGCUUGAUUCACAAAUUUCGCAUAUUUAAAACUAGCUAAAAUAAAUAUGAAUAAGGACUGAUCAUUAAACUAAUUGCACAUGCACACUUGAAAGUCAUAUCUACGGCCGUACGCGUCUGGUAAUUAUUUAGUAAUUAAUGAAUAAUGCUAAGAAUUAUUAUCAUUUUUUCGUGCAAUUUUUUUAAGGAUAAAGCUCGAACGAAGGGGUAGGUUAUUAUGUCACUCAAUUAUAUAUAAUCAUAUUUAUUCUAUAAAAGCAGAAAAACAAGACUUUGAAGAUAAAUUUGUUUUCUUGGCAGCAAUUACUUUUUCAUGUGGUCAUGAAAUGAAAAACAAUCGUUGUUCAUGAUUCUCUUUGUGUUCAUUGUAAGGAAAAAUAUUCGUACUCAUAUUAUUAUUUACAGUAUUUUGUACACUUAUCUUAAUCAUGCACAGACUCGGUUUCACGCAGCAAUUAAAGAGAAUAUUGUACUGAAACUGUUUUUUUGUUAUAAAAAAAUUUCAUAUUUCAA